ACUCUGGUUUGGCUCAGUCGAAAAAGUUCUUCUCUCAAAACUCCAUAAACACACAGGUAAGCAAGCCCUUAGAUUCCCUUUCUUAUUGAUAUUAAUAUUUACAGUAAUAUUCUUCGUUGCUUUAAUUUGUUCUAAUUUAAUCAUAAAAUGGCGAGCUCACUACUGAGAGGAAGAAGAAUAAUCACCAAAAUACUCUCCACAAGUCCAAAAUUCCCACCAAAUUCUUACCCAGUUUCACAAUCCAACCAAAACCCAUCUCCCCAACUUCCCCAAAUCCAAAACCCUUCAAGGGUUUUACAGGUUUGUGUGUUCUCAACUCAGUUUCCCGAGUACGAAAUGCCCUCAGUGACUUGGGGUGUGGUUCAGGGAAGAAAAGAGAAGCUUGUGUCUAGGGUUAUAAUAUGUGAUUACUUAAAGAGCUUAGGCAUAAUUACUGAUGAAUUAGAGAGCUUAGAAUUGCCUUCUACAGUUGAGGUUAUGAGAGAACGAGUUGAGUUCAUAAUGAGGUUAGGAUUAACUGUUGAUGACAUAAAUGAGUACCCUUUAAUGCUUGGAUGUAGUGUUAGAAAAAAUCUUAUACCUGUUUUAGGUUACUUGGAGAAGAUUGGUAUUCAAAGAUCAAAACUUGGUGAGUUUGUUAAGAAUUAUCCUCAAGUUUUACAUGCUAGUGUUGUUGUUGAGCUUGCUCCUGUUAUUAAAUCGCUUCGCGGACUCGAUGUUGAGAAGGAAGAUAUUGGUUAUGUUUUGAUGAAGUAUCCUGAAAUACUUGGGUUUAAGCUUGAAGGAACAAUGAGUACCUCAGUUGCUUAUCUUGUUAGUAUUGGUGUUAAUCCUAGAGAUAUUGGUCCAAUGGUAACUCAGUACCCUUAUUUUUUGGGAAUGAGAGUUGGGACAAUGAUUAAACCACUUGUUGAUUACUUAGUUUCAUUGGGUUUGCCUAAGAAGAUUUUAUCUAGGAUGUUGGAGAAGAGGGCUUAUAUACUUGGUUAUGAUCUUGAUGAGACAGUUAAGCCUAAUGUGGAAUGUUUGUUGAGUUUUGGAGUUAGAAAAGAAUCACUUGCAUCUGUUAUAGCUCAGUAUCCACAAAUCAUUGGGUUACCAUUGAAAGCUAAGAUGUCUUCACAACAAUACUUUUUCAAUUUGAAGCUCAAGGUUGAUCCCGAAGGCUUUGCUCGAGUAAUGGAGAAGAUGCCACAGAUUAUCAGUCUUAACCAAAAUGUGAUACUGAAACCUGUUGAGUUUCUGCUCGGACGGGGAUUACCAUCCGGUGAUGUAGCUAAGAUGGUUGUGAAAUGCCCACAGUUGGUUGCGUUGAGAGUUGAUCGAAUGAAGAACAGUUAUUAUUUUUUCAAGAGUGAGAUGGGGAGACCAUUGCAAGAGCUUGUAGAGUUUCCUGAAUACUUUACUUAUAGUUUAGAGUCUAGGAUUAAACCUAGGUACAAUAGGUUACAGAACAAGGGUAUUAGGACAUCAUUGAAUUGGUUCUUGAAUUGUAGUGACCAGAGAUUUGAAGAGAGGUUACAAGGGGAUUAUAUUGAACCAGAAAGAUCAGGGCCAUCAUUUUGUAUGGGUGGAAAAUUAGAGCUACCUGGUAGUGAGAUUGUGUCUGAUGAUGAAGAAGAAGAGAGUGACAAUGAAGUACUUUACAAAAGAACUGUUUCUCUUUGAUGAUGAUUUUGUUUUCGUAAAAACUCUGUUUAUUCAUUUUCAGUUCAAGAUUUUGUUUCUAUUAUCUCUUAUCUGUUUUUGGUUUUUGUCAUUUUUUGCUAGCAAAGUUCUCAUUCUGUUUAUUCAUAUAUGUAUGUAGUAAUAUUGCUUAGUAAUAUAUUACAUAGAUACCAUGUGUGUAUAGAUUUUAGGUUAAAUACUCAGUCUUUUAUAAAAAAGUUACAGAUUCAAUUUUUUAUUUUGUUAAAUGAUAAUUCAGAUUUUUUGUUUUC